UUAUUCGGCUAAUAUAAGCUAAACAUUGGUUGAAAUGCAAAGUAUAGGCAGUUGUACACACCCUGUUCUGCAUCGACGAUAAUAUUUGAGUUUCCGGAAGACUUUAAUGAGACUUGAAUCACUGUUUAGAUGUUUUUAGUCGCACUUCGGUCCCAGUUGCUGAAAAACUCCACUACCCAUCAGCCCUCUUGUUUAUUGUCUAAAGUCGGACUAGCUAGCCUCAUCCCGCUGCACUGACAAAGUAGCUGGAUCACUGGCUGCUGCUGCUGUGCUACAUUUGAGAAAUUGCUCGUACUCCAGCAACAACUCUUGUCCGGGCUGUGAGUCGUCUGUAAAUGCGGAACUACAGUCACUAGCCGCUGGAACUGUGGUGUUAGCCUGCGCCCAACAAGUUCACCAUGAUGUCUAUGACUUUUGGGGUGUCGAGCAGCGUUACUCUGCUGUUUGACUUCUGGGAUGUGCACGGGCCUGCAGGGAUGGUGCUGUCAGUGUUGGUGGUCCUGCUGCUGACCCUCUUCUACGAGGUGCUCAAAGUGUGGAGGGUGUGGUUGGGGAGUAGCGUCAAGCUGGCCCAGCCUCAGUCUGCAUACACCGCCCCUCCAUCCUAUCGCAGCGACAGCUCCUCCGCACUGGACAGCAGCCCCUCAGAAUCCUCGCUGACCCCCAUGGAGCCCCCACCUCCCGCUGCAGACACCAGAAACAGGUGGUUGCUGCAUACUAUCCAGACAGUCCUCCACAUGCUGCAGGUGUCUCUGGGCUACAUGCUGAUGCUGUGCGUCAUGUCCUACAAUACAUGGAUCUUCCUCGGGGUCAUCGUGGGCUCCGUCCUCGGUUAUUUCAUCUCGUUCCCUCUGCUGGGUCAGAAAUGAUGGUAUGGACAGUUCAGACAGAAGACGGAUCUUUUUCGUUUCGUUUUUUUUCCUUGAGUUAAGAGAAUCUUAUGCUUUGGAUACUAAAUGGGAAACUAGUUGAUUGAAUUUCAGCUUGUUGCUCCGCUGCUCUGGGUACAGUUAUUGUUUGUCAAAAUGUUAACACUGGAAGGGGACAAGGGGAAUUCCUGUUUUGCUGAAGGAUGAGCUGCACAUUACUAACACACACUACUCUCACUUAAAACUCAUCUGCACACGCACACAAUCCUUCUGACUGUCCGUCAGCAGCGUCACACUUCUGUCUCUCGUUGGUUUGUGACCUCAGGACUCAGUUGUUGAUUUGAGAAGACUUAAAGUCACAUUUAAAGUUGAAACAUUUGUUUUUGUCCAUACGGACAAUGUGUAUAAUUUCAUCCUUUUUGAGGUUGUUCUUUUGUGUUAAAGGGAUAUAACAUUGUGUUUCUGAGGCAUGCUGUUGCUUGUCUUCUCAAACAGCAAACAUCUCAAUCUCUCAAUAUUAGUCUCCAUCAGAGGGAGUGCUGCUUGCUUAAACUCUUCUCUUUCUGUUUUUUAUUUAUCCUAAAAUGCAUUUGGGAGAUGUACAACACAACUCAACUCCGAGAGGGGAAGUCACGCUUGUGUGGCAUGUUACGGUUGUUCCUGGUCAACCUUGCACUCGCUACAAAACAAUCCCCCGUAUAUGACACUACAAAUGAUAAAAAACAUAUCUUAUCCGUUUGGAUAAGGAGAGCUCUGACCAUGUAUGUCUGCAGUGUUUUUUGAGUGAGCAGACUCACUUUACAGUCAGAGGUUAUAAAACCAGGCUCAGAUUCAGGAACUAAAUCAUAUGAUUGCUGCUGGUAAACUUCUCUAAUGUGUCAUCUUGGCUCACGAGUCAGACGUUUGUCAGCGGACAGUGAAAGUCCAUCAUGUGGUUCUGUGGCAAUCAUUGACAAACCACGAGCAAGAAAAGAACCGUUUCUGACUUACAUUUCAGAAGUGAUUCCCUUCAAGUCUGCGCAGUAUUUUAGUUUUACCACUGAAUCCAGUAGAAACCUGUUCAGAAGGCUCGAGUUGGUUUACUGUUGAACAUCAAUCAUUUUCUCUGUGAUGCUUUUCUGUCACAAGACAAAAAUAAAGUUGAUGAAAUAUUUGUAUUCAUCCAUAUUUUUAUAUAUGUAUGUACAGUAUAUUUCAAGAAGAGAAAAUCACUAAACAUACACGUUGAGCUGCUCCCACCACACAGACAGGUUUCUGUAAUAAAUAAACAGGAGAGGGUGAAUAUACUAUUUGAAGUAAUGGGUCUUAGGGAAGCCAGCGAAUUCAAAAUGUGCCUUGGAUACAGUGGCAGUAGGUGAUUUCACAACAGGUCACUGACUCAUAAUUGAGGGUUCAAAGUUUCCCUUAAUUUCCCUGUAAAGAAACUGUAACUGCAAAAUUCAUAAGAAGGUUCCCGGAAAGGAAUGUCAUUUGGUACUAAUUCUAAUAAAAAAUGAAGAUGUUAAAUGA